AUGAAUGAUUCGUCUCUUUUGGGCACCGAAAACCAGGACGGGUCGGAGCUGAAGAUCCAGCUCAUUUCCUACGACUCGUACCAGACUGCUCCCACCUCUCUGGACAAGCAACGAUUCACACUGAACAGUCAGCCGUACAGUGGCAAGAAUGUGUCUUUCACUCAGGUGCCGGUUAUCAGGGUUUAUGGGAAGCUUACAACAGGACAUACGUGUCUGUUACAUCUUCACAACGUGUUUCCGUACAUUUAUGUGCACUACCAGGGCCCCAUGACGGGCGAAAAGGACAUACAAACUUAUUUAUUGAGCUGGAAAGAUCAGAUAGAUUCGCAGCUGCGGCAGUCGUUCCGAUGGGCCAACCGGAAACGACGCAAAAUGAAAGAGGAUCAGCCGUCAGAUAGGGAAUCUGACCAGGAAGAAGACUCGGAAGAGGAAGAAGAUAUCGAUAUAGGCCCCACAAAAACGUUUGUUUCCGAUCUCUCCAUAGUGAAGGGUAAUUCUCUUUAUGGGUACCAUUACGGGUUUUCUCCGUUCAUCAAGAUCAGUUUACUGAGUCCACGGUACACCAAACGACUCGCGCGCCUGCUCACAGAGGCUAAGCUGUUUGAUCGGUUCAUCCAGCCGUUCGAAUCCCAUGUUCCGUAUAUGCUACAGUUUCUGACCGACUACAACUGUUUUGGGUGCAACUGGAUCUACCUCGAGAAACUGUUUUGGAGAUCGCCCGUGGUGUUCACAGGCGGUGAUGUCGAUGCGUACCAGGAGUACUUCCAAACAGAUUUCACGGUGUUGAAUCAGGCCAAGAUUACACCGGAGCUCAAGACAGAGCUGUCCAAACAUGUGCACCGCGAAAUGUUCAGUUUGAACGUGCUCACCUCCGAACAGUAUCCACGCAUGGGCCGUUCAUUCUGCGAGCUUGACUCUUCUGCCUGUUGGCUCAAAAACAGACUCACAUGCAAAGAGCGCGACACGCAUUCCUCGCUCGAGUUCAAUUUGCAACCUGAUCACGAGGACACUUAUAUUUAUUCGAUCAAAAGUCUUCUGAGCGACCUUGCGUACCAGCGAAGCCAGAAGGGUAUGCCGGCGAAGCCCAAAUUCACUCUGUUCGACGGAGAGCAACGCAGCUUUGAGGAGACUACCUGGACAGAGCAGCAGGAACUAGACGAGCUGCUCAAGUACUGUACCAAUGAGUCCGAGAAGGAGUGGCACAGAUUGCAUCCUCGUCAUGCUCUCACAGAAACGAACGUUGUUCCGAAGAACGAGUGGCUCUUCAAGUACGACACCGCGUUCCGCAACAUCGACCGGUUCCACGUCCCCAGUGUUCCAGAGAGCCAUCUUGUGCGGCUGACCGAGCGGCAGAUUUUACACGAGUCUCAGAUUUGCGACUGGCUCCUAGAGGAAGGCCUGGAUCAGGUCACACGCAGCAUUGAGGAUACCUCCAAUAUAGCAAUUGGCCAGACCACAGACUCCAGCUCGGACGAGACCGAGCACGAGGACGACUUCCUGGGAAGCAUCCCGCAUUUGGAAGAGAAGCUGGGGACCCAAGAAUCGUCCACGCCGACUGCUUCAAUGGAGUCCAGCGAAAAGCUAUUUAAUGAGCCGGUCAGCUCGGCGUCUGCUGACCUGGACGCGCGGAUUUUCGGUCAAACACAGCAGGUCCGUCGCCACAGCACCAAUAUCUCGGAAUCUGUUGUUCUUGAGUCUGACUCGCAGUCCACUAACCCUGCUAUCAGGCUGGAAGCCUCGGAGAACCUAUUUGAGGUGACUCUGCGUCCACCAAAGUUUGCUUCUCCGGAAGACAUGAUGAACAGUUUCGAGGACCAUUCUUUGAUGAAAAUCGAUUACCCCGACCCGCACUACACCUCACGGACCAACUACUCUGCUGCCCCCACUUUUUUCUCCGGGAAGAAGUUCCAGGUGAAAUGUCUUGAUCUACAAGGUUUGCAACCGUACAGCACAGUCGACGAGCUGAACUCAAACACCGCCCUGGUGGAAGGCCCGGGCAUCAAAAGCAUAUGGAGCUUCCAGCUUCCUGCUCCAAAGUUUAAAUCCGUUGCUGCGUGGUGCAAAUCACACCCCAAGAGAAAGAAGACCCGGUCCCAGGUGUACCGGUCUCAGGUGGACCUGGCUACACAGAACCUGAAAGGAUACAAGUUCCCGUCAUUCCAGUCGCCAAUCUCGCGCAAGGCUGACCGGUUCAACAAGCUGAUUGUUUUGAGCAUGGAGAUCCACAUCAACACGCGUGGAAACCUGUUCCCGGACCCGGAGGAGGACGCAAUUAGUGCUGUUUUCUGGUCCUUUGACGACCAGAACUAUCCGUUCGACUUGGGCAUCCAGGGCUCGGGAAUCCUCGUUCUAAGCUCUCACGAUCUGUCCAGGAAGCAGAUCAGAUACCCAUUGCAGACGUUCCAGGAUGAAAAGGAGAUGGUUGCAGAGCUUAUUUCGCUUGUGGAGUUUGUCGACCCAGACAUUUUGUGCGGCUACGAAACACACUCCUCUUCGUGGGGGUAUCUUCUUGAACGGUUCAACAAGGUGCACAAAAUGGAUCUGGGCGUCAGACUUUCGAGAGUGGCCACCAAACACCACAACAAGCGGUACGACCGCUGGGGAUACACACACGCGUCGUCUAUCCAGAUCACCGGCCGUCAUAUGCUAAAUUUAUGGCGGCCGCUACGCAAAGAACUGAGCAUCAACAGAUACUCUCUGGAGAACGUUGUUUGGCACACGUUGCACAUCAAAAUUCCUCAUUACGACCACAAGACACUUACUCGGUGGUUUAUUUCUGGCACUCCAGGAAACCUCAACAAUUUCAUGGAGUACUACAUGUCGCGGUUGCACUGGGAGAUGAAGCUAAUUGACAAGCUGGAGAUUGUCGAACGAACCGUGGAAGAGUCCAAGUUUCUGGGGAUCGAUUACUACUCGGUGUUCUACCGCGGUUCGCAGUUCAAGGUGGAGAGCUUACUGAUUCGACUGGCCAAAGCUGAAAACUUCAUGGUCAUCUCGCCGUCCAAGAAACAGGUGUUCAAACAGUCCCCGUUGCAGGUGAUUUCGUUGAUUUUGGAACCAGAAAGCUCUUUCUACAAGAGUCCGAUGCUCGUGCUGGACUUCCAGUCGCUGUACCCGUCGCUGGUGAUCGCACACAACCUGUGCUACUCAACACUGCUCGGCAAGCUCAACGGCUACGAUCCAAAAAAAAACCAAACACUCGGCAUCACUUCCUGGAAACUGCCGCCAGGACUGCUGAAACUGUUUGAGAAGCACAUCACCAUCACUCCCAACGGACUAAUGUUUCUGAAACCCAGUGUCAGAAAGUCUGUGCUUGCGAAAAUGCUCUCAGAGAUCUUGGAAGCACGUAUUCUCGUCAAGGACACCAUGAGCCGGCUUAAACAGGACUCAGAGCUCUACAACCUGUACAACAACAGACAGCUUGCCCUGAAACUGAUCGCUAACGUCACCUAUGGGUACACGUCCGCAACAUACUCUGGACGGAUGCCGAACUCGGCCAUUGCCGACGCCAUAGUUUCGUGCGGUCGAGAAACGUUGUCCAAAGCUAUCCGUGAAAUUGAGCAAAAUACACAGUGGGGUGCAAAAGUGGUUUACGGAGACACAGACUCGUUGUUUGUGUAUCUCCCGGGAAAGACGAAAAAGGACGCUUUCCGACUUGGGAAAGAAAUCUCGCAGUAUAUUACAUCCAUCAAUCCUGCACCGGUCAAGCUCAAGUUCGAAAAAGUGUACUUCCCGUGCGUGCUUCUGAGCAAGAAGCGGUACGCCGGGUACUCUUACGAGCACGAGGACCAGACCACGCCAAAAUUCGACGCGAAGGGAAUUGAAACCGUUCGCAGAGACGGUGUUCCUGCACAGCAGAAAAUUGUGGAAAAGUCUCUGCGGGUGCUGUUCGAGUCCAAAGACCUCAACAGAGUCAAACAGUACGUCAACUUGCAGUUUCUGAAAAUCAUGAAGAAUAAGGUCAACAUCCAGGAUUUCCUUUUUGGUAGAGAGGUCCGGCUAGGCACUUACAAAAGUGCAGCCUCUAUUCCUCCUGGUGCUCGUAUUUCCAUGGAGAAAGCCGCUAGAGACGCCCGAGCAGAGCCACAGUAUAGAGAGCGCGUGUUCUAUCUGGUAGUCAAGGGCAGCAGAGACCAGCUUCUGCGAGACAGGUGCAUGUCCCCCGAGGAUUUUCUGGCACGCGGAAACCUGGAGCUGGACGCAAUUUAUUAUAUCACCAAAGUUCUCAUUCCACCUCUCCAGCGGAUCUUCAACUUGUGCGGAGUGGAUAUCAACUCAUGGUUUGACGAGCUCCCUCGCCAAACAUUCAACUUCAAUCUGGACCAGCUCAAUUUCAAGACUCCCAUAGUUAACAGUUCAAGAUGUAUCAACUGCGAGUCCAUCAUCAAAACUGCGUUCGCCAAAGCACCAAAAUUGUGUCCUAAUUGCAGCGAAAACGAGCUUGCAACUAUCGCCAACAUGCGUUCUUCCUUGCGCUUGAAGGAAAAUCAAAUGAACGAUAUUCUUGUCACAUGCAGCCAGUGCACUAAACGCGCCAUGAAAAACAACCAUUCUCCUUUGACAACCGCCAUGGCGUGUGCUAAUGAAGACUGUGCCAUAUAUUAUGAUCGGGUAAAGGCUGUCAAACAGGCUAACGAGCUGAAUGACAGGUAUGCAUCGUAUCUUAGUUGGUGA